CAAAAUAUUUUAUCUAUAAGCACUUGAGCAUUGAAAUAAAUACGUAUAAGUUAAUUAAGAACUUUUAACAGAAAGACAAAAACCUUAAUUAUCUAGUGCAAUCAAAUUGCGAAAUACAUUGCCUUCGCUUUGUGCGAUGGAAAACUAACUUGUACACGUUCGUUUGAUACAGAUAUAAGACUGGUCACCGUUCUAUACGUAGUAUAGGAGCCUUGCGACUCGCGUUUUGACACGAAGAGAAAGAAAACCAAUCUUUCAAAAUGGCUAUGACAGUACCAUUUUUCGGUGGUUUCGGACCACCGGCGAGAUUUAGGAUGAGAUCAAGUCCUGUUGAUGCUAAAAGCUAUGACUAUCGAGCUGCUCGCACCCAUCUCGUUAAUCCAAACAGCUUGGGUGAGUCUAUAAUCCAUAUGCUAAUGUUUGGACUCGGAGCUGCCGUGGUGGCGGCGCAUGAAGCAUACUACUUCGUCGGUGUCUGGACAGCGAUAGGCCUUAAUGUGUUCAUCGCGACGAUAAACGGCUACUGUGUCUGUACACUGGUAUGGUCAGCACAGAAGCUGUACGGCAGGGUGCACAUGCCUACAUUGACUUACCCUGACAUAGCCGAAGCUAGUGUUUACUUAUCAAAGUGGCCAAGAUGUAAAAAAGCUGCCAGAUGUUUCAGAUACACAAUUGAAGGGACUUUAAUGUUGCAUCUCUAUGGGAACUGUAGCGUGAUUGUGGUGAUGAUAUCGCGAAAUUUAAAGCAACUAGUCGAAGGUGAAGAUGAAAUAACCGAUGACGCAACUGAGGAGAGUCCCCCAUUAAGAGUCUACAUACUGUCGCUGAUGCUACCUUGCGCCAUAAUUGUCAUGAUAACAAACCUCAAGAAUCUAGCGCCAUUUGCUUUGAUCGCUGAUUUGUAUGCUGUCGGUUUGUCGCUUUUAACUACAUAUUAUGCAUUCGUGACUGAAAGGAAACCACUGGAAUCCCUACCAGGCUGGAAAUCUAUAAUGGGUGCCUUCCAGUUUACAGGGGUCUGUGUUUUUACUAUGGAAAGUGCAUCUAUAGCUCUACCUAUAGAAAACAACAUGAUGGUUCCCACAAAGUUUCACUAUGUUGUACUUGGAUCUGCCCCUACGGUGACUAUAAGCAUGAUGAUGAUCGGUUUCUUCGGGUACUGGUUAUGUGGGCAUACGGCUAUUGCUCCUAUCACAGUACAUUUCCCUUUUGGCCCAUUCCCGACCACCAUGAAAGUGUUCCUCUGUUUGGUUCUGUACGUCAUUUACGCUGUUUCCUUCUACGUCGCCUUCGACAUAGAAUGGUUCUAUCUCAAGAGGAAUCACGUCAUGGCCAACUAUUGGUUCUGGGAGAGGCUUUAUAGAUGCAUACAUGUCAUUGUCAUCACCUUCAUCGCUUAUUCUUUCCCAUUUGUGACCAGACUCAUGGGAUUGAUCGGUUGCUUAGCAACAUCCCCUGCAACCUUCAUCUAUCCUGCUAUAAUUGGACUCCUAGUGGACUGGGAAUACCCUGGCUUAGGCUUCCUCAAAUGGCGACUGAUCAAAUCCAUAUUUACUAUUUUAUUUGGAUUGACAGUAACAAUUGGUGGUUCUUACUUCAAUUUCCUAGAGUUGAAAUCAUUCAUGAGCGGAAUGACAUUUAGUUUGGACCAUACAACAGUCAAUCAAACUGAAAUAGCAACAAACCAAACGUUGCGUAAAUUGUAGAUUUAUACUUAUAUCUAUAUUAAGACAGGCCUGUUGGUCUAGUGGCUAGUAGCCCUGACUGCUAUACCGGAGGUCGUGGGUUCGAUUCUCACUCAUCAUUUAGUCUAGAACUCAUAAUACAAGCUUUGCUUAGUUUGAGACCAGAUGGUGUUCAAUAUUUAUGGUGAAAUGACUCGAUUUUAAAUAAUGACAAUGACUUUUAAUAAUUAGCUUUAUUCCGUGCCUUGUGAAACUAGAUGGCUCCAACGUUGAUGGCUAGAUCUCGUAUAUUGGCUUUAUGAAAGGAAUCGUUCUGCCAAGGUAGGUACAAUCGUUGGUAGUAUUGGCACAUGGUGUGGGAGUGCAGUCAUCAGUUUAUUAAAUGAUAUAUUCUAAAUGUUUUAUAUAAGGUUUAUUUUUGCUUGAUAUGAUAUGGUCGAAGCUUUCAGAUGUUCUUGCUUUCUGAUUUCAGCAUUUUUUUCAAAUCUUGGUUGUUUUAUAACUGAUUUAAUAAAUAGCGCAAUUGCCGUUCAAGCUAAAUUUGUAGAAGUAAUUUGUCGGUAGAUUUAUUGCAUCUUUUAUUAUCUUUAACUCUUAAUAAAAUACUAAUUAUAAACCAUGGCUUUAAUUUUAAAUUAAAUAUGCGGUUUUGCUGAAUUAGAAAUUCCAGUACCUGAAUAACUGAGCAUUCAACACAUAGGACUUUAGAAAUACAAGAUUAAUUAAAAAAGAAAGUAAUAAAGUCAAAUGAUGCAAC